UGCGCAGCAGCAAACUGGCGCUCGUCAAUGGUAUUUUAUACGUCCGUCUUCACCUCCUUCCCGACGCCACCUUCUCACUCGAUUCCGAAUCUCUCUUCGCCUGUAUCGGGUGAGGGAGGGAGGGAGGAAGCGAAGAGCGCGUGCAAGGUGGAAAGGCGGCGCCUUUGACGCUUUCCAGGAUUCGCUCUCUGGUUGGAGGAAUCGAAGCUUCGAAUGGCGCAACGGCAAGUUCAUGUACCUGUAUUCAGCAACCAGGAUGAUGAUUCAGAGGAGGUCCUUUACAAACGACGUUCCCAAGUAGCUGUAAAGAAUAGAGUUCCGAAAGUUUCUGCGAAAAACUCAGAAGCUUAUGCUCAUGAUGGACAAGCACCAGUUAAGGAAAAAGGGUUUUCAUCGGAUGGCACGACAAGAAAAAUUAGAAAGAAGCGUCGAAAACAAGGCUAUGGAAAUUAUCCCGAGGGGGAUGUUAUAGUGCCACCAUUUGCGGAUUGGGAGAUGAAUCCAGAAUCUGCCGAGAAGUAUACUGAUGUUUUCCAAGUCAUAGGUGAUAGUCGGAAGUCUCCUGGUACUCCCAUAAAAUUGUCUAUCGAGUCAGGCACACACAAGAAAGAUCCCAACGAAUGCAAGGGGUGUCGGUGCCUGAGCUGGAUUUUCAAGUGCAAGUCUUGCUGGUGAAGAACUUGUGGAGGGCACACAUGUAAAUAUCAACAAAUAAAGCAAUUAAAAAGAGGGAUGUUUGCAGUGUAGAUACUUUUCUCUCUUGUUUUUUUCUUCUCUUUUGAGUGUCCAUGCAUUUUGCUACCUUUGUAAGUAUUUACAUGCAAUUGAACAGACUCUGUUUCUUAUCUGCUCUUGCUAGGAGUCUUAUGUG